CCUUCCGUGUUCGGACCGGACGAGCCCAGUUUAAUACCGUCUUUCGAGGCUCUUAGCAGCAAGGCGUUCCCUACAGUAUCUACCAUUAUUAGUAAAACAAUGAGUCCAGAAAGUGCGGCAAUCCUUCAAAAGUGGCAAGAAAAGAAACGUAAGGAGCUGGGCGACAUUCCGUUUGCGGAGUAUAUGCAAAAUAUCAAAAAGUUGGGUCGACAGGUUCACAGUGUCAUACAACGAAAGUUGCUCUCAGGAUCGGUUCCUGAAACGUUGGAUAAAUCUCUAGAAAACUAUUAUCGCAGUGUUGGCUACUUGCUGGAAAACGUGCAUACCGUUUGUGUUGAGAUGGAAUGCAUUCAUCCAGAACUCCGUUAUCGCGGCCGCCUCGAUAGCGUUGUCCAUUUGAGGUAA